GUUGGUGUAUUUCUAUUCUCAAGGCACAAAAACGCACUAUGGCCGUAUACUCUGCCCUUUCAUGUUAUAGUAUAGUGACGGUAGGGAUGAUGCUCACAUUCGCCCAUGGCCGUGCUCUUCCUACAGACAGCUUGAAAACAUCUGUCAAACUGCAAGUCGACAACAUCAUCUCCAGAAUCCAGAAACACAAAGAUGAGUUCCACAUACUCCAUAAGAUGAUCCUGGACAGUCCCGAGCUCCUACCCGAGCUGCAGCCUGAUAAACCCAUCGAAGGUCUAAGCUCCAUGGUUGAGAUGCUGAACAACUUCCAGCGGGUUCUUCACAGCCUGCCCAAGGGUCACAUGAGCCAAGUGCACAGUGACGUAAGCACGCUGCAGCACUAUCUGGAAGACAGGAUGAGCUCACUGCAGUGCGCACACAGGAAAACAGGCACGGAGAAGAACCUGGAGGCCUUCCUGAAAAACCACAGCGCGUACUACAUCACCCUGGGACAUGUGGCUCUGGAUAGACUGCAGAAAUACUUUCAGAGACUCAAUCACAAUCUAGAUCAGCUGAGAACAUGCUAAAAAAAGAAUGAUUCGUGCAUUGCUUUUUAUGAUUGUUUUUUUUUGUGCGUUAUAUUUAUUUAUAUGAAUGUAUUUAUGAACCAGUUAACUAUUUUGUAUUUUAUUUUUCAAUUUUUAAUAUGUUUUGUGUAAUUAAUGCAUUGGGGAACCAGACAAGGCGUUCUCAUCAACCUUCACACAUGCAUGCACCCAGACACACACGUUAGACACGCUGACAUCACCACCAACCAAGUAUUCUCAGUGAUGUCACAGUCUUACCGGAAGACUGUGACUGAUCGUGCUGGGAAGCAAAAAUUCCUCUUGAAGAGAGGAAUAGGGUUCUGACCACCAGCAGACAAGCACAACAGAUCCGAAUGAACAGCACUUCUUAUGAUCUUAUGUAUAGCUUAAUUUGAGACCAUCUGUAUGAAUUAUGUCGUGGAUGUAAAGCAUUUAUUUCUUAUAUAGUCAUAAGUUCAUUGAAAUAAAAAAAAAGAACGGUUCUCUAAGCCGUGAUUGUUUCCAGGAUAUUCGCAGACUUGAAUAAGGAACACAAAGAGCGAACAAAACAAACCAGGUUUAUUAGCAAUCAUUUAUAUUGUACGGCCAUCUGGCUGCUUGAUGUUGCUGCAAAAUUGUCUUGCCAGCUAAAAGCCCUGUGUACUGGGGCUUAAUGAGACAUGCAUUUGUGGAUUUUAAGGAGGGAGAGAGCUGUGUAAAGUAUAACACGAGACUCCUUUAAAAGAAUGAAGGCUAAAUCUCAAUAGACAGAGUGCCAUUUAAAUGUGUUUUAUGGGACGUUUGUUAGUUAUCAGAUAAACCAUGAAGAAAGAGGGCGGCUAUUAUCUUCCAGAGAAACGAAACAAGUAAAAGAAUGACGCACCAAAAAGCACACGCGUGUACCUCCAAUACAGUAAAUAUUGACUCUCACCCACCCAUCCACCCGACUAGCUUUUAUCUUCAACUAAUUCUCUGAAAAGGCACCGUUUGUGUAUACAUCUGGGGCAAAAUUACACAAUACCAACCGGCUUUAAAAAAAAAAAAAAUCUGUAAAGUAUGCACUUAACUGAACCCUGACCUCUAUUCUCAGAUCAGAUUAACCAAUGGAAAAAUUUCCUAUCAGUAGGUCACUUUGGUAUCCUAUCAGCCGGGAAAUAUUAUUCACGUUAUUCCUGGUGUCUGUUGUACCUCUGCCAGAGAUCAUACUUCCUUUAGUCAAAUCAAGUCUAGAGACUGAGAGAGUUAUUUACUCCCCGUCUAUACCGCUGUAUCCCGUAUUCAGGGUCGUGGGGAAUCUGGAGCCUAUUCCAGGAGGCUUAUGGCACAAGGUGGGGUACACCCUGGACAAGGUGCCAAUCCAUCGCAGGGAACACACACACACUUUAGGCAAUUUGAGAACGCCAAUUAGCCUAAUCUGCAUGUCUUUGGACUGUGGGAGGAAACGGGAGCACCCGGAGGAAAACCACCAAGCAUGGGGAGAACCUGCAAAUUA